UCACGAAACAAGUUCCGGACGUAGCCGCACCAUCGGUCGCCGCUCCGUGCCGUGCCGCCGUACGUGAGCGGAAGGCGAGGAAAUGGGCGCGCUCUGCCUGCUCCCGUCCACGCCGCCGUCGUGCCCUUGCGGCGCGGCAGGCUCGCCCAGGCUCGUGACGAGGAGGAACUUGGCCUCCUGCUAUGGCGCCGAUUCCGGUGGGCGUCCGCAGCUCGCGUGCAAGCGGCGGCGGCGGCGGCGCGGCCGCGUGGUGCGGGCCGGCGGCGACAAGGGGGAAGGGGGCGGGGGCGGGGGCGGCGGGGCGGAGUUCUUCGGUGAGGAUGGUGUGGUGGAGGACAUGGACGGGUACCUCAACUACCUCUCGCUUGAGUACGACUCCGUCUGGGACACCAAGCCCUCUUGGUGCCAGCCUUGGACAAUCUUACUUUCAGGAGCAGUUGCGAUUGCCGGUAGUUGGCUGCCCAUCCACUCUGUUGUGAUUACCACAGGAGUUUCUUUUGUAAUAUGUGCAUGGUGGUACAUAUUUCUCUACUCCUAUCCCAAGCAGGCAUACAACGAGAUGAUAGCUGAGAGGAGGAGGAAGGUUGCCAGUGGCGCUGAAGAUACCUACGGGAUGGAGAAGAUCCAAUGAGGAAUUACUGCUACUGCACCCCAGGCUUGUGACUAUCUUGUUUGUAGUACUGAUCGCAAAGAUAGACAGAGUAUGGUUGUGCAGACAACAGAACAAAAUCACUGGCUUGUACUCGUAGAAACUGUUCUUCAGAAUUUGCUUGAUGGAGUCAAGCUGUCUUGUUGUUCAGAUCAGCGGUCAUCUUCACUUCAAGUUGACCUCCAUCGUGCAAGUUGGCCAUGUCCCAUGUAGCUCAAUUGCAAUUUUUUCCCGACUCCCAUCAAAAUCUAAAUUUUCUUUACAGUUCGAGAAAUAAACAAAACAACAAAAAUGAUUGUAUAGUAUGACUUACAUUUCUACUCUUAACAGUU